GGCAGCGGCCCCGCCGCCCACACGGCGGCGAUCUACGCCGCGCGAGCCGAGCUCAAGCCCAUCAUGUUCGAGGGCUGGAUGGCCAACGACAUCGCCGCCGGCGGCCAGCUCACCACCACCACCGACGUCGAGAACUUCCCCGGAUUCCCGGAGGGCAUCCUCGGCUUCGAGCUCAUGGACCGCUGCCGCGCCCAGUCGAUCCGCUUCGGCACGCACAUCCUCUCCGAGACCGUCACCGCCGUCGACCUCGCCGUCCGCCCCUUCCGUGUCCUCUCCUCCUCCACCACCGUCGUGGCGGACGCCCUGAUCGUCUCCACCGGCGCCGUCGCUCGCCGCCUUCACUUCCCCGGAGCCGACGACUUCUGGAACCGCGGCAUCUCCGCCUGCGCCGUCUGCGACGGCGCCGCCCCCAUCUUCCGGAAUCGCCCCAUUGCGGUCGUUGGCGGCGGCGACUCCGCCAUGGAGGAGGCCAACUUCCUCACCAAGUACGGCUCUAGGGUUUAUGUCGUGCACCGCCGGGACGCCUUUAGGGCAUCGAAGAUCAUGCAGGCGAGGGCGCUUGGGAACCCCAAGAUCGAAGUUAUCUGGAACUCGGAGGUGGUGGAGGCCUACGGGGAGGGGGAGAACGGGCCCCUGGGGGGAGUGAAGGUGAGGAACGUGGUAACCGGAGAGGUCUCGGAUCUCAAGGUCUCCGGACUCUUCUUCGCCAUCGGGCACGAGCCCGCCACCAAGUUCCUUGGGGGGCAGCUGGAGCUGGACUCCGACGGAUACAUCGUGACGAAGCCCGGGAGCACACAGACGAGCGUGAAGGGAGUGUUUGCUGCCGGAGAUGUGCAGGACAAGAAGUAUCGGCAGGCGAUUACCGCCGCUGGCACAGGAUGCAUGGCGGCUUUGGAUGCUGAACACUACCUGCAGGAGAUUGGAGCUCAGGAGGGAAAGACCGAUUGACUAUGUUUUAAUGAUGUUGCCAACCCUCGAGAGAGUCCAACAGUGGUGGCAAAGGCUAAUCUUUAAGACUCAGCAUUUGCUUGCUGAUUUCUUGCGGCAGUUGUUACCAGGUCUUAGCAAUGGAUGCUUUCAUUUUUUUUAUUUAUACAAUUUGAUUAAGCAUCCAAGUUCUGUUGACUCAUGUCCAGAUACUUACUUUUGGAUAUUGAGAAGUUGAUGUUCCUCCAAGUGCAGGUCAUUGUAUCUUGAAGAAUUAUUUUUUUCAUGAAAAUAGCUACGUUGCAAAAAUAAAAAAUAAAAAAUCCCGAAUUGUUUGCUUUUA